UCGGGAGCUCCGAGCAGCAGUCAGCUAGAAAUUCGCAACGAGGCAACAACAUUAUUUGUGUAAUUAAAUAAAAUAAAAUAACAGGAAAAUGUGCGGCAUCUUUGCAAUAUUUUCCCGGGAUGGAGAACCUAUUCCCCCGCAAAUCCUUCACGGCAGCAAGCACAGUCUUAGGGAACUGGCUUAUCGGCAGAGUGGAAAACAACGGCAUCGUGGUCCCGAUUCCACAGGCGUCCAUGUAAUCGCCUCCGAUGGGGUGGCCAUGGUUCACGAACGUCUACGCAUUGUCGGCGUGGCCAUGGGGGAUCAGCCCUUCGUUUCGCAAGAUGGUAACCUGGUUUUGGUGGCCAACGGAGAGAUCUACAACUACCUGGAACUGGCGGCGGAUAUCGCAAAGCGUCGUGGAACUUACAAACCGAAAAGCGAUUGCCAUGUGAUCCUUGAACUCUACCAGGACUACGGCGCAGACCUUUUGCAGCACAUAACAGGGAUGUUUGCUUUCGCACUGUAUGAUCGACAGACCAAGGAGGUCCUGAUUGCCAGGGAUCCCUUUGGCAUCAUACCCUUGUAUGUGGGUGAGGAUAAGGCGGGCAAUCUGUGGGUAUCCUCGGAGAUGAAGUGUCUGGUGGAUACUUGUCCCAAACUGGAGACCUUCACACCCGGCGAAGCGAGAAUUGGAAGAGUGGGAGCACUGAAGACCUGUUGGACGUUCCAGCAGCCCUGGAUCAAGGAAGUUCCGAACCAACCCUGCGAACUGGCCCUGGUCCGUUCUAUUUUUGAAUCAGCGGUAAGAAGCCAUCUCCAUUGUGAUGUCCACUUUGGUGCCCUUCUAUCCGGUGGUGUGGACUCCAGCUUGGUAGCUUCGAUAGCCACAAAGAUUAUGCGGGAACGGGAUCCCAACUACCGGCUGAAAACUUUCUCGGUGGGUCUGCGGGAUGCCCCGGAUUUCGAGGCUGCCCGGCAUGUGGCCAAGUACAUCGAUAGCGAUCACAAGGAGAUCAUCUUUGAGAUCGACGAGGCGCUGGACGGGAUCAGAGACAUUGUGUACCAUCUGGAAACCUACGAUGUCACCACUGUGCGAUGCAGUCUGCCCAUGCUGCUGCUGGCCAGGUACAUAAAGAGUACUGGCAUCAAGAUGAUCCUGUCGGGCGAGGGUGCCGACGAGAUCUUCGGAGGGUACCUCUACUUCCACAAGGCUCCCAACUACAAGGACUUCCACGAGGAGCUGGUGAAAAGAGUCCAGCAGCUGCACCUAUCCGACUGCCUGCGGGCCAACAAAGUGGCUAUGGCAAAGGGCGUGGAGCUAAGGGUGCCCUUCCUGGACACAGGAUUCGUCAACCAUGUGAUGCAAAUCCGACCGGAGGAUAAGAUCCCAGGACCUCUCAACCAGUACGGCGGACAGCAGCAGAAGCGCCUGGAAAAGUACAUCCUGCGAGCUGCCUUUGCGGACAACUAUCUGCCGGACGAUGUCCUGUGGCGGCAAAAGGAGCAGUUCUCGGACGGUGUUGGCUACGACUGGAUCGACAACAUCCGGCGGGUGGCUACCAGUCAUGUGACCGACGAGGAGUUCGCAGGAGCAGCUCUCCGGUUUCCAUUCAACACUCCAACCACCAAAGAGGCGUACUAUUAUCGCAGCAUUUUCGCCGAACAGUUUCCCGGGGAGUCGGCUGCCCGGACCGUAGUGAGGUGGGUGCCACGGCUCGAUUGGGGGUGUCCAGAGGAUCCUUCCGGCAGAGCGCAGGCUGUCCACCAAAUUCACAAAGACUGUUAAUUUUCAAAAUUUUGUACAUAGUUUAAUUAUUAGUAUAGUGUGGCAAAUUCCACUACAAGUAUCUGCCAAUCCUUGCACAAAUAAAUUACAUUAUUUACUUGGUAAUCAACCUGA